CUAGACCAAUCGCCAACUUCUUUAGAACGCCAUCGACGCUAUCUCUUGCUUUAACCUUGAAGUAAAGUUAUCUUGGAUGAUGGUUGUUGCUGAUAAGCGCGGCCAAAAUUUCCCUCUCGCGACAGCAUUGUCCCCCAGCAGUCAUCCUAUAAAGCGGUCCUGGUCUGCAAUAGGAGAAUUGUACUCAGGGCACCAGUCCCAACACUUCUGGUUUGCACAACAUGGCCACUCCUACCUCCAAGUUCUCUGAGGAGGUUAAGUUCGAAGAAAAAUCUCCCAACAUCGAUAGCUAUGAAGAUCCUGAGGCACUCAAGGGGGAGGUUCAGCUGGGACCCAACACGGAGACCCAUCGUGGCCUCUCCUCUCGACAGCUACAGCUUAUUGCCAUCGGUGGUUGUAUUGGAACUGGUCUCUUUGUCGGGUCAGGUUCGACCCUGUCAAGUGUCGGCCCAGCACCGCUCUUCAUGGGGUACAUGGCCAUGUCGUCGGUCGUUUGGUUCGUGAUGAACAUGUUGGGCGAGAUGACGACCUAUCUCCCGAUCAAGGGUAUUUCCGUGCCCUACAUUAUUGGCCGCUAUACGGAGCCUAGCAUUGGCUUUGCAGCUGGAUACAAUUAUUGGUAUUCGUUUGCUAUGUUACUGGCCAGUGAGGUCACGGCGGCGGGGAUCAUCAUAGAAUACUGGACCACCUCAGUCAAUGUUGGCGUCUGGAUCGCCAUCGUUCUCCUUGUCAUUUUAGCCUUGAACAUUAUCGCUGUCUCUUGGUAUGGAGAAGCCGAGUUCUGGUUUGCCACUCUUAAGAUCCUUGCCAUCAUCGGUCUAAUCAUCUUGGGUGUUGUUCUGUUCUUUGGCGGGGGUCCAAGCCAUGAUCGAUUAGGAUUCCGCUACUGGCAGCACCCCGGCGCAUUCAAGCCGUACCUGGUGGGUGGAAACACCGGGCGCUUCUUGAGUUUCUGGACUGCCUUCAUCAAAUCUGGUUUCUCCUUCAUCUUCUCUCCUGAGUUAAUCACCACCGCUGCUGGAGAGGUCGAAGCUCCUCGACGCAAUAUCCCCAAAGCCACUACCCGUUUCAUCUAUCGAAUUUUCACCUUUUAUGUGCUGGGAACCUUGGUUAUUGGUGUCACUGUGGCCUAUAACGACCCCCACCUCAUGUCCGCUGUGGCCAGCGGCAGCUCGACCGCCAGUGCCAGUCCGUUCGUGAUUGCGAUCCAAAAUGCAGGGAUUUCUGGCUUGAACCACGUCAUCAACGCAGCUAUCUUGACGUCCGCAUGGUCCUCGGGCAAUGCUUGGCUUUAUGCCGGCUCUCGUACGCUGUACUCACUCGCUUGCGGUGGCCAGGCGCCCAAAGUCUUCACUCGUUGCAACCGGAACGGUGUGCCGUGGGUAGCAGUUCUGGUUACCUGGGCGGUGGGUCUGUUAUCGUUCCUAAACCUAUCCAACUCCGGUGCAACAGUCUUCUACUGGUUCACCAACCUUACGACUGUCGGUGGCUUCAUUAGCUGGGUGCUCGUCGGUAUUGCAUACUUGCGCUUUCGCAAGGCAAUGGACUUCCACGGCAUGCUCGACUCGCUGCCUUUCAAGACUGUCCUUCAGCCUUACGGCGCAUACUAUGUGAUCUUCAUUGUGACCUUGCUGACCAUCACCAAUGGUUAUGCUGUUUUCUUCCCGGGCAAAUUCACCGCAGCCGAUUUCUUAGUGUCUUAUAUUGGCAUUGUCUUCUUCCUGGUCCUCUAUGUGAGCCAUAAGCUGUGGUAUCGGACCCCAUGGAUGACCAAGGUAUCAGAGGUGGAUGUGUUCACGGGUAAAGAUGAGAUUGAUCAGCUUUGUGAGAACGACCUUGAGCGCAAGCCCCGGAACUGGCUGGAGCGGAUCUGGUGGUGGAUUGCCUGAGGGCCUGGCUAGACUGAUAAUUAGUAUGCUGAGUAGUUUAUCUGCAGG